UGCCUUGGAUCAAACUCCCCUUUGCCCCUCACCUGCCACCACCUGCCAAAAACAACCGUCAUUUCCUAUCCAAACCUGCUAUUCCUGCCAACCGUCUCACACGGCACUCGUCUGACCAGCCCGCCUCCCCUCCCUCCACUUCCUUGCCCAUUAGAUCCACCCCCAACUCCUUUUUACCCCUGCCCCAUGCCCUUUUACAUACUCACUUUCUCCUCCAUACACCGCUCCGCACCACGCUCUCAUACGACCUCGUAA